AGCAACGUGGACAAAGUGUCAGUAAAAAUUUCUUCGCGUGUGUGUCUCUAUUCGAGCAAUUUUUUUUAUUUAUUACGUGAAAGUUUAAUAGCACCUCUGAAUUAAAAAAAAACUUGUGGUUUAUUGAGUAAUACACCUUCCCCCAGAAACUCCUAAAAAAAAAUAAAUUCACUUUCAAACUCACCCACGGGGCAAUGCUGCACAUCUCCCGGCAUUUGUGAUUGUGUCGCGGUGUUUUAUGGGUAGCUGCUGUGCUCGUCGUGUGCAAUGCCAAAGUGUCGGGGAGGUGCAGGAGGAAACAAAGGUGUGCUAGCCAUCUAAUAAUUUAAGGAUUUGGUGUCUGCGUUGGACCGAUCGCGAUGAAAUUUGAUCCAUCCGUGAACGUUGAUGCCGACCUAUCCGAUGCAAUUCGUCGCAUGCAACCAGAUUUUGGCGCGCAUUUAAAAAGGGCCUUCACCAACUCCACAAUUCGCAUGAAUGACGCCACUCGGGGGCUCUCACAGGAGAUUGUUGAUCAGACAUUCUUCCGAGAUGGUGGCAGUGACGUGAUGAUUAAAAAUCUCCGAACGUCACGAAGUGAAUCCCCACGAUUGAUGGCCAUCGAGGCAGACAUGCUGCAGGAUAUUCUUGUUAUCUUCGUGGACUUUGGUGCCCUCUCACUUGAGUGCGAAUACGAAAUGGUCAACAGUGACAUGAUGAAUCUCCUUCCUGUGACCAGCGAUGGCCUCCUCAAUGCCACCAUUGAGAGUACCCGUGCACAAGGACGUGUGGGCUACGUCAUCACCGGAGAUUCGCUGCAGGUGAAUAAUUUUGAUCUUCAGUACGAAAUUGGGCAGAUUCACCUGGAGGCCAUCUACACAAAAUCCCGCGAUAAGUUGCACAGCCGCAGCACGCGGAAGUCCAUCGAGGAGACAAUCCUCAAAGGAGUCCGCCGGGACAUUGAGAACUACUUCGAGGGGCAGCUACGAGAGAAAUUGGACAAUGUUCUGCAGGAUGUUUCGCUCAAUCAGCUCUUUGGGGAGAAUGUGGAUUUAACCAGGAAGUACGUGAUGCGAUCUAAAUCACGCUCAGACUUUGCCAAUAGCCUCGUGGAUACAAUCCUGGGGGUCAUCCGUAAGACAAUCAGCUCAACGGGGCAUUCCCAAAUUGGAAUUGGGAAUUUCAAAAAAUCCUUCAGGUACCCCCAGAACGCCUUGAGCUUCAUUUGGGGCUCCUUCGAGGCAACUCACGGCAAGGCAAGGAAUUUGUCCACAAUUCAGCGAACUGGGGACUUUUCAGUACACGUUCAGGGCUCCAUUGUGUCAAUCUUUGGAUCGCUUGGUCUUAGGGAACUCUCGUGCAAUUAUGACCGAUAUCGUGCCAAAGUUUGGGGCAUUGGGCCAUCUGGGAAAAUCUUCAUGACUGCUGGAAGUAAUUCCGCCAAAUUGAAACUCAUUAGCAAUGGCUGGAUCACUAGUAUUGAGGAUAUAAGCAACAUUAUCGAUUUGGACUUCAGAUUGAAACUUGAUAAAAUCCGCGUGGAAAUCACUGGUUUAGGUGCUCUCAAUGGUUUAGCAUCGAAAAUUAUGUCAUGGAUGGCAUCCCUCAUGAAAUGCGAUAUAAUGGAGCUGGCAGAGGGGAAAAUAAAAGAAUUCAUCGGCAAUUAUAUUGGCAUAUCGAUGUGAUAAAAAAUCAUCCUUUUCAAUGAUAUUAAAUUAAAUAUAUUUUUGCACAAUUCAAUGCAAUUUACGCUUCAAAUAAAUGCCACCUCUAUACCAAUUAA